CGAGGGAAGGAAUUGUCAUUAAUUUUUUGAAAAAUCAAAUUAAUUCGCCCCCAAAAAAUAUGUAAUCGCCUAGAAUAAACUCGUAAUGUUGUACGACAAUCGAAUAAACAACGACGACGAACGUUUUCGUCUUUUUGCAAACUACACAAGUCGUACCGGACACAAUAAAACCGAAUAGCGCUACGACCAACAACCAACAACUACUAGCAUAAAGCAUAAAGCGAAAAAAGCGUGUGCAAUUGUGUUAGUGUUAGUGUACGUGCGUCGGUUGGCUGCCGUUGGUGUGUUGGCCGAAAACUGAAAGGCAGAAAAAACGGAAGAGAACAAUAAGCAAGUUGUAAUAGUAGCAACCGACGAGGGCAGGACCUAUACAAAAAAAAAAAAUAAAUAAAAAUAACCGGGCGGCGGAGUAACUGGAAGAUUGCGCAAAUGCACAACAACAACAGCAGCUAGCUAGCUGUAAAGCGUGCACGCGUGUGUGUGUGCGUGUGUUGUGUCCCGCCUACAACAACAAGAUAAAUUGCAUCGAAUGCUUUCAUUUGCUUUACGCGGUAAACGCCUCUCCACCCCCACCGCCUCUCCUUCACCGACCUUGUGCAUUUAUCAUCUAGUUUGGAUGAGUAGCGGGGCUGCAUAGAAAAUCUAUCAAAAUUCCACCACAAACACCGAUCACGGCUAGCGCCAUGCCCGUCUCGUUGGCUGUGUGCGAAACAACAGCGAAUGUCGUCAAUGCUGCACUCCGCGAAUCCCUUGGCAGCUGCGUUGCCCGUGCCGCUUUGUCAGCGGACGAGGCAAAAACCAGCAACGGCGGCGGCGAUGGAUCUUCCACAUCCGGCUCAUCUACGGAUAAUUUACAGAGCCAAAUUGUGGCCAAUGCCAAACGUGUCUUGUUAGCCAAAAUCGAUUACGAGGAGGUGGAUAAUUAUCAUGAGUCUGUUUUGGCCAAACUCAAAUCAAAAUAUAUUGUCAUUAAGCCGGACAGCAAUGGCGGCGCCGCAUCCAACGGUAACGGUAAUUACAACGGCAGCAACAAAACAAAUGGCAAAUUUGGUGCCGGAAAUGGACACGACAAUAAUGGCAAUGGCAAUGGGAUUGUGAACGGUGGCACCAGCGCAUUAAAUGGUGGCAACAAUCGCAAACAGAUUGUUGUUGUGGAUCAUCAGUCAAGCAAUCAGCAUGGUUCCCCAUCUAAUCCCAAUGAGUUGCCCAAACCGAAACGUGUCCUUUACCAGCGUGAACACAUACGCAUUGGCUGGAAGCAAUCGGAGCGCAAGUGGCAAGUUGGAACGGGCAUGCUGAAUGUGGGCAACACUUGUUACCUCAAUUCGUCGCUGCAGGCGCUCUUUCACAUCCCGUCACUGGCCAAUUGGCUCGUCUCGGAGUCUGCCCAUCUGGAGAACUGUAACAUUAGUGAAUCGUGUGGCAGCAAUGGUUGCAUCAUUUGUGCCAUGGCCAAAACGUUGCAGUCCACCCAAUCCAAUCAGUCGGCAGUGCGGCCAUUUCUCAUCUACUCGAAGCUAAGGCAAAUCUGUAAGCAUAUGGUCGUUGGAAGACAGGAGGAUGCCCAUGAGUUCCUGCGUUUCCUUAUCGAGGCCAUGGAGAAGGCGUAUCUGAUGCGUUUUCGCAACUACAAAGAGCUCGAUCAGUUGGUGAAAGAGACGACGCCGUUGAAUCAAAUCUUUGGUGGCUAUCUGCGCAGCGAGGUGCGCUGCCUGAGCUGUAAUCAUGUCUCGAUAACGUUUCAACAUUUCCAAGAUCUGCUGUUGGACAUUCGCAAGUCGGACACCUUGGAGGAUGCGUUCGAUGGUUACUUCUCACGUGAACGUCUCGAGGACAUGGGCUACAAGUGCGAGGGCUGCAAGAAAAAGGUAUCUGCAACGAAACAGUUCAGUUUGGAGCGUGCACCAAUCACGUUGUGCAUACAGCUGAAACGCUUCUCGAUGAUGGGCAACAAAUUGACGAAACAGAUUAGCUUUAAGCCACGCAUCGACCUCAGCCGUUUUGCAGCACGCAGCCCGACUGCAGCUGCGCAGCCUUUAAGCUAUCGCCUCGUCUCGAUGGUCACCCAUCUGGGUGUCUCCCAGCAUUGUGGCCAUUACACGGCCAUCGGGCUGACGGAGACGGGCAGCUAUUACAAUUUCGAUGAUAGCUGUGUGCGUCCGAUUGCCAUGCAGAGUGUUUGCAAUACGAACGCAUAUAUCAUGUUCUAUGAGCUGGAUGUGAACGGCAACGGGCACGUUGUUGCUCCCAAAAUGAAUGGCAUGCGUCUGACGACCAAUGGAGGACAGCAGCAUAGUAGUCCAGUUGUUGCCACAGCUCCAGCAGCUGUGGUUUCAGCGACGGCCACGUCCACAUCUGCCUCCGUUUCGGCUGCAGCUGUAACGUCGCCACGUUUCAUUGGGCCACAAUUGCCUAAUGGCUAUGGCAAUAGCAAUGGUCAUGCGCUGGGCGGUGGUGCUGCGAAGACUGCGAUUCAGUUCAAGACCACACCACAGAAGCAUCAACAACAGCAGCAAGCACAGACUCAAUAUCAGCUUAAUGGCCACAUUAAUGGAGCUGCUAAAUUUCAGACUGGCGCUGCCAAUGCGAAUGCCAACAAAAGUUCCUGCAACACUUUAAAUAACUCUAAACAACACCAGCCACAACAGCAACAACAACAACCGCAACAUAUACUGCCAAUAUCAUCCGACGAGGAGGAGGAUAGCGAUGAUGAUAAUGAUAAUGAUAAUGUGAAAACCAAUAAAGCGCCUCAGCUGCCAAGCAUGCCAAAAAUGUUUGAGGAGAGCAGCGAGAGUGUUGCGCUGACUGCCAAGUUGAAGCCAAAGACGGCACUCAAGAGCCUGGUGCCGUAUGAGUCCGCCUCCGAGGAGGAGGAACAACAACAGCAACAACAACAACAAACGUUGCAACAACAAGCGGCGACAAAUUCACGUAAGCGACGCAGUGGCGCUGAUUCAAGCGAUACAGAUGAUGAUGAUGAUGAGGAGCAGCAGCAACAGCAGCAGCAGCAGCCAUCACUCAUACUACGCAAUGGACACGCCAAGACAAAUGGUAAUCUGCUCAACAGCAGCAGCAGCAAAACCAAAUCCGCCUCAAAUGCCUCGUCGGCCAAUGUUAACAGUAGCAAACAAAAGACUGAUGCCAUAGACGAGAUAUUCAAAAGUCUAAACAACUACAAAAACAAACACAGAAACGAUCACAAUCACGUUGAUGAUGAUGAUGAUGAUGAUGAAGAUGAAGACGAAGAUGAGGAUGAGGCUCAGGCUCAGGCUGAGAAGAAGACAGUCACAAAAUCAAGCAGCAGUAGCAGCUCCACAUCGCUAACUAAUGGCUGGCAGCAGUCACAGAAUGGCAAAGCUACAGCAUCGCCAAAGACGCCGCCAUCGCCAGCGGUUAUUAAAACCAAGACUGGCAUCUGGCAGGUCACCCGCAACGACGAAGAUGAUGAUGAGAAUGUGGAUGGCGUUGCCGAUGCCGAUGAUGAUGAUGAUAACGAUGAAGUAGCGGAGCCAGCAGUUGUAACAGCAAAAAAUCACAAGAAUCCAUUUGCCGCCGGCAAAGCAACCGCAACAACGGACGCGAAUCCAAGUGCGAAGCGCCAGAAGCUGCUCAACGGCAGCUCCAAAUCCCAACAGACGACGCCACGCAUCGGCAAUGGCUACCAAGGCGAAUCGCUGCCCAAUGGCAAUGCGGUAGUGAGUGAGCUGCUCAAGCAGAAUCAUCGUGGCUAUGGCAGCUCCGUGCUCAGCUGGAAUGGCAAAGCAUCGGAGCUGGACAAGGAGCUGCUGGCGGAGGCGCGUGAGCAGCGUAAGCGCGACGAUGAUGAUGAGGAGGAGAACGAAAUGGAUCGUGGACGUCAGCGAAAAAUUAAAUCGGCGUCGGUUAAAUGUGGCAGCGGAGCAACGGCAGCACCACCAGGCUACAAUCCAUUCCAGGAGUACGAGAGUCAAAAACGUUGGCACAGCAACAAGUCCGGCAGUUAUUCCCGCUUCUAUCAUCAUCCGAAUUAUCGCAGCAAUUUUCAGCAGCGCAAUAAAUUUAAGCACAAUCGAUUUGCGGGCGGCGGCGGUGGCGCCAAAUUUCAACAGCAGCGUGCCUUGCAGCGCCAUCUGGCGUCCGGUGGCGGCUUCACCCGCCGCCAACAUCAUCAAUCAUCGGGCCAACAACAACAGCAAUCCUAACUGCUGGAUGUGGAGCAGGAGCACUUCAAUGCCAGCUCCUUGAGCGGGAGGAGGAGCAGCAGACUCGUCGUUGCCUUUGUUGUUGUUGGCCGGCAAAUUGUGAACGGAUUCGUUGCCGCUUGGAUUUUACAUGAGUUUUGUAAACACUUUUUAACUGCUGAUUGAAUACAUUAGAAAUAGGACAUGUAAGCUACAAGCUAGAGCAAUACCGUUUGCGACCAUAACUCCCUCCCCCCUCCACUACCCACCCCUCAAACACCAACGAUCCCCCCAUACAGACACACAUUUUAAGUUUUAAGUUGUAAGCGUGUUUUGCAUUUUAUUUAUUGUGUUUAUUAUAAUUAAAUGAGACCAUUUUUGAAACACAAAUGAUUUGAAUGGAUAUGUACACAUUUUCAAAAAAUGUUGCAAUCCAAAAACAAAAAAAAAAAUUUAAAAAAAAAACACCCAAAAUUUGAGAGAAAGAAACAAAACACAAAUGCAAAAAAAGAAAACAAAAAGCAUAAACAUAAAUAAAGAAUGCAAAUUAAGCAAAAGAGAAACCAUAUUUUUAAGGAAAAAGUCUAAACUAACAAAAAGAGAAGAUUAUUGUACAUAUUAUAUAUAUUAAAAUAUGAGAGUAGUUUAAAUCUCGUUCUAAGUUUACAUGGCGAACAGAGAAAUUUCAUUUGAGCGCCAGUUUUAUUUAUAGCAUUACAAAGCUGCGGCUGCGGCAAUAAUCAAUUGCUAGUGUUAAUAUAACCCAAAAAAAAAUAAAACAUGUUGGAUAUAUA